AGUCCUUAGGAACAUGUGGGACAGUGGGCGGAGCUUAAAUUUGUAAACACCAAACUAAGCUGACUUUCUGAUAGCGCCACACAUGGUGCUCAGCUGGGAUCAGAUAAAAAUGUUUCAUUUUGAACAUAACUGAAGCGCAAAAUGCGAUGCUAUCUCCACGCUUAUCUCCUGUGCUCUGCUUUUACCCUCUGCUCUAUACUGUAUGUGUGCAGCCAGCUAGCUUCCACCUCAGAGGGGGACAGGGAAGGCAAGGCAGCCGCGAGGAGCAGCCAUAACGAGGGGGACGCCGUCAGGAAAAUACCAGGCCUGUUAGGCCUCCGGGACCGAGACUUUGAACAGAACAGGUGUAAAUCAUUGUCAGUAUCUUACUGGAAUCCAUAUUGGAGACUUCCUGCAGAUGUUUGUGGAGCGAACUGCUUAUUGGAAUCACCUCUUAGAGGGAAGUUAAAGUCUGCUGCAAAAGAACCUAAAAAUGAGAGCAGUCACCUGGCUGUGGUGGCCUGUGGGCCCAGGCUGGAGGAAACUGUCACCAUGCUGAAGUCUGCCGUUCUCUUUAGCAAGAAGCCGCUGCACUUCUACAUCUUUGCUGAGGAUGAGCUGCAUGACGGCUUUAGAAAUGCUCUGGAAACAUGGCCUCCUAUGAUCCGAACAAAGUUUACAUUCACCAUCUAUCCAAUCCUGUUUCCUGAGGAGAAUGCAAGCGAGUGGAAAAAGCUCUUCAAACCUUGUGCCUCUCAGAGGCUCUUCCUGCCGCUGAUCUUAAAGCAAGUGGAUUCUCUGCUUUACGUAGACACAGAUAUUCUUUUUUUGCGUCCAGUAGAAGACAUCUGGAGCCUGCUCUCUCAGUUUAAUGUGAACCAAUUGGCUGCCAUGGCACCAGAGCACGAGGAGCCUCGCAUCGGCUGGUACAAUCGUUUCGCACGCCACCCUUACUAUGGCAAGACAGGCCUUAACUCAGGGGUCAUGCUUAUGAACAUGACACGCAUCCGGGGAAAAUUCUUCAAGAAUGACAUGACAGCUGUAGCACUCCAGUGGGGGGAAAUUUUAAUGCCUCUUCUUCAAAAGUAUAAACUCAACAUCACUUGGGGGGACCAGGAUCUUCUCAAUAUUAUAUUUCAUCAUAACCCAGAAAGCCUCUACAUGUUCCCCUGCCAAUGGAACUACCGUCCCGACCACUGUAUCUAUGGAAGCAACUGUCAACAGGCUGAAGAAGAAGGUGUCUUUAUUCUCCAUGGCAACAGAGGAGUUUACCAUAAUGACAAACAGCCGGCUUUUCGAGCCGUCUACGAGGCUGUCAAACAGUACCCUUUUGGUGAGAACUUGGCCGUCUCCCUGCUUCAGCCCCUGGAAGCAGCAUUGCAGACAACUACACAUACCUACUGCGGCCGAUCAAGCCACCUGUUUACCAAAAGGUUAAAAGAAAGCAUCAAGUCUGUUUAACCAGAUGAGAUUGCUGGCAUCACAAGCCAACAUCAUCUCCAGUGCCUGAUGCCGGAUGCUUGUUGACUUAGUUCCUCCUGUGGAGAUGACCGACUGGAUGAGGGACUUAACACCUAACAGGAAUUUGUUUACAUUGUGUAUGCUGAGAAUGCAUGUUGAGAUUAUGUGAGUGGAGAAAAUAAUGAGCAGAAUGUGUUUUAUUUUUUACACAAAGCUAGUUUUGGUACAUAUCAGUGUAGUGAACACACAAUAAGAAGACAGAUACUGGAAAAUACACUGUCUUUACUUUGCCCUGCAGAGAUUAUGGAUUUAAUGCUAAUUAGGAAAGCAAUCUGUAUUUUUAUUGACAAUCAGGAUUUUCUGUUUUGUUUUUGAAUUCAUAUUCAUUAAGAGAAAGAUUGAUUUGUUAACUUUUAUGAGAAGAACAAUGUUGGUAUACCGAGAGUAUUUUAUUAGAUUUUUAAUAUAAUUCUGCACAGACUUUUUCCUUCUUAGGUACUGGUUAAAGAUUUAAGAAAGUUCUCUUAAUUAAACAUUCCUUAUUAAUUAAAUCAGUAUUUAUAAGGCAUCCAUGAUGUCAAGCUAAAGUAUUUGUGGGUAUUAUUUUAAACACUCCUUUAUUUUUCAUUUAUUACAUAUUUUACUGGAUGUGUUUUGUUUUUUUGUUGUUUUUUUUUUUACUACAUAAUUAAAAAACGAAUCCCUACAUGUUGAAAUGGCAAAGGGACUUUUGUCUGUAAUCAAACAUGAGAAAUUUAAAGAUGAAUGUGAUCAUGCUGUUUGCUAAAAUACUGGAAAGAUAUUGAAUGUAUGGAAAAUAAUAUAGAA